AUGAAGGUGGAGAAUCUUAAGAAUGAGACACUAAUCAGGGAAUUCUGGAUUCUAGGAUUUGAGAACAUCCACGGCACUAAAAUCAUCCUCUUCAUUUUGUUUCUUAUAAGUUAUAUUUUAACAUUAUUGGCUAACUUCACCAUCAUAUUACUGUUCGUUGCAUGUCCCCACAUCAACGCUCCAAUGUACUUCUUCCUCAGCCACCUGUCGCUCAAUGAUAUCCUUCUCUCCACAACCAUCGUACCUGAAACAUUCCAUAUAAUAAUGAAUGGAGGAAGCGCUAUUUCUCUGUCUGGAUGCUUUAUGCAGUUUUACUUUCUUUCGAUAUCUGCUGCUAAUGAGUGUUUGCUCCUCACCGUGAUGUCCUACGAUCGAUAUUUGGCCAUCUGUAACCCAUUGCGUUAUUCCUCCAUCAUGGACCUCAAGCUUUGUAUUCUCCUCGCAACUUCAUGUUGGGUCUGUGGAGUACUUUUUGCUCUACCACAUAUUGUUCUUCUGUACAAGAUGACAUUUUGUGGGACAAAUAUAAUUAACCAUUUUUAUUGUGACCUGGUUCCAGUUCUCCGACUUUCUUGUUCUGACACAUCAGCAAAUGAAAUAGUAACUGCUAUCAUCUCUAUUCCAUUGGUAUUCCUACCGUUAAUAUUUAUCGCCAUGACUUACAUAAAUAUUAUUCUCGCCAUCCUCCGGAUCUCCACCUCAACUGGGAGACAAAAAGCCUUCUCCACCUGCAGCUCCCACCUGACCGUGGUCUGUAUGUAUUAUGGGACCAUAGUGUUUAACUACAUGUCUGUGCCGCCUCAGGCAGAAGCCGAACGAGGGCGGGUACUGGACGGCACACGCGAAAAAGUCAGCGUCGUUAUCUGCAUCAGGUCUUCUCCUCAGGGCCCCAGCUCACAGAGCAUGCAAUACGGCGUCCACGUCAUCACGUCAUGCUCCGCCCCCUUUAGUAUUUUCUACAGGGUCCUUGGCAAGUACUUGCUUCCAGGCCCCGACAAACUGUUGCAAUUUGAGGGCCAGUCGACAAAGUGGAAGAUGAGAUUUAAUGUUGACAAAUGUAAGGUUAUGCAUUGUGGUGCAUGCCGUGACUCUGCCUUUUUGCAGAAGUACUCUAACGGGCCAGAAUAA